UCUUAACAUUGUGUGAGGUGGAAGCAUCAUCCCCCUAUUUUUUUGGUUCCUUCAUUCUCUUUCCCUUCUCAUCCUUCACCCUCCUCCAUCUUCUUCUCUCUCCAAAACCUCACAAUUUCAACACCAAUCCAGACCCUCUCUCUCAAAUCCAAAUCCAACCCAUUUCUCGCCAUGACAGACAGAGUUUACCCAUCUUCCAAACCCACCGCCAAUGGCGGCGCCGCCGCCGCACCCGCCGCCGCAACCACCGCCGGUACCACAGCCAACCCACCAAGUACCAAACCCCAACCCAGACAGCCAUACCGCCCGAAACCCCAGUACCACAACCGUCGCCACCGCCGGAGCAGCCGUAAUUUAUGCUGUUGCUGCUGCUUCUGGUCCUUCCUCAUCCUCAUAGCCCUCGCCCUCCUCGCUGCCAUAGCUGGAGCCGCGGUCUACAUCCUCUACCGCCCCCACCGCCCCGAGUUCACCCUCACGUCCGUCCGCAUUGCGAAGUUCAACCUCACCACCACCGCCGACUUCUCGACCUCCCACCUCACCACGCUCUUCAACCUCACCCUCACCUCCGAAAACCCCAACAACCACCUCACGUUCUCCUACGAUCCCUUCAAUCUCGUCCUCUCCACCACCAGAGACGUCCAAGUCGCAAACGGGUCGAUCCCGGCGUUCACGAGCGCCACGAAGAACAGCACCUUCUUCCGCUCCGUACUGUCGACGUCGCAGGAUCUCGACGUCGAGUCGGUGAAGUCGCUGAGAUCGGAUCUGAGGAAGCAGAGCGGGGUGGCGCUGAAGCUGCAGGUGGACACCGAAGUGAAGGUGUCGAUGGGGAAGCUGAGGAGCAAGAAGGUGGGGAUUAGGGUUACGUGUGAAGGAAUCAAAGGGGUUGUACCAAAAGGUAAGACACCGUCGGUGGCUUCCGUUGCCAACGCCAAGUGCAACGUUGAUCUUCGGAUCAAGAUCUGGAAAUGGACCUUUUAAUUACUUUUAUUUUCUUUAUUACUUAAAUCGUGGGUUUUUCGAGGGGGGAUUUGUAAACUUUUGAGAAGGAGGAUUAAAAAGAUAAAACAAAAUGGUGAUCACAAGAAAAAUUAAGUAGGAUUUGGGGUUCAAAUUAGAAUCCAUCUCUUCUUUUUUCUUUUUUCUUUUCAAUACUUUUUGGGGAUUGUAAGUGAUGAAUUUGGCUUUUUUAUGGCAAUUAAUUUUCAUAUUAUUUUCUA